AUGGCGCAUAAUUAUGGAGUAGCGGCGACAUUACGGCCGACUCAGGAAAAUAGCAAACAAUCAAAUGACUAUAAAUACCAACCACAACACCAUCACCUUCAUCAUCAAAGACUGGAUCAGAAUUUGAAUACUGAAUCUAGUCAUGCAAAGACUGAGGAUUCACAGCGAUUAUUCCAUCAAAUGCCUAGUUUAGAUUCCCAAUUUAAUAUACCCAAUAUAGACCAAUUGUCAUCACCUUCAUUUCAACCAUUGAACAAUGCAUUGUCAUCAAUACCACCCCACUCAGGAUCUUCAGUUAAUCGAUUUGCAUCAAAUGGGGCAAAUACUUUUUGGAACACACCGAUGUCGGGCAUAUCUGAUUCAAAGGGAACAACAAGCACAGGUGCUGCAGGAGGAGACGUUGUACCUUUGCAUCCACAAUAUCGGGGGUUAUCUAUUGAUUCCAGUAUCUGGACACUGCCGAAUCCAUCAGCAUCGAGCGGACCAACGCCCGUGUCGUCUAGCAGUAUAUGGUCACCAACAAGGUUGAAUGGACAUGAUCAACAGCAGCAAGCACCACCACCACAACAACAACUGAACUUCACUACGCAAUAUUUUUCACAUAAACAGCCUCCUAUGUCAAUGCGUAGCACACCAUUGAGUACUUCAAAUGCGGAGAAUUAUACGGCCGCGGCUGUAACCGCUGAGAAUAGGUCUUCAUCAAUCAGUGGAUUUGCUCCUACAUCACUCGAAGAAGUUGCUGCAGCCGGUACGACAUUUAUGGGUGAUGAUGCAACAAAUUCAUCACCGCCAAUGAGCUUUGAGUCCAUAAGACGUCAUUCAUAUACAGAAGGGCUUCUUGGUCGUACAUUAGAUAAUGAAGUUGUUUCACCAACAUUGACCAAACGACAACAACAACAACAACCAUCCAAAAAUGAUGCAGCUACAAUGCAAUUGGUUGAUGACUAUUUUGAAUCCGAUCCCCAUGAACGUGUGAAAGUGACAAUGAAGUUGUUGAAUGAUCGGUUUUUUGACGAAGAAAAGUUUUUGAAUGAUGCAUAUCAGUUGCCCAAGUUUCCUAUUGAGUCAUCAUUGCGCAAUUACCAAUUGGUUUUGGUUGGUUUCAAGGCGGGGAGAAUUGAUGUGUUUUAUCUCCCUUCUUCGAAUGGGGUUUGUUCAACUACAAUAUCGAGUCCUACAAUGACAGCUGGAGCUACAACUACGACACCUACAUCUGCAACUGCUUCUUUGGGUCAGAAUUCAUUUGAAAUAAAAGUUGGGGAUUUAGUUAUUGUUGAAGCUGAUCGUGGACGUGAUUUGGGCAAGGUUUUCAAGUUGAAUGUGUCGAUUGAUGAGGCUCGAUUGUUGAAGUUGUUGCAGUUCCAAGAACAGCAAGCAGCGUUGAAUGAACACGUCGAGAACAAUUUGUUGGAUGAUGUAUCAGUGAGGAGCUUAACUAAUUCGCAACAUUCUCCUGGGUCACAUUUCCUAGCAUCGCAGCAACAACAUCAUCAUAGCCUGUCAAGUUCAGUUGCACCACCAACUUUACAAUUUCCUAAAUCAAUAUUGGCACUAGCUCAACCAAACGAAGUUUUUCAAAUUUUGAACAAGAAGCAAGAUGAAGAGAAAGCAUGUCGAUUAUGUCUUGCAAAGAUUUCAAGUGCUACUAGCGGCUGUUUAUUGAGUGGUGCGCCCAUAUCGCCAACAACUCAAGAUUUGUUGCAAAUGAAGUUGAUUGAUGCAGAGUAUCAAUUUGAUCGAAAAAAAUUGAUUUUCUACUAUUCGACAUCAAAGAGGAUUGAUUUCAGAGACUUGGUGCGUGAAUUGUUCCGAAUUUACAAGACAAGAAUUUGGAUGUGUGCUGUGACCGGUGUGCCUUUUAAAGCUUCAAGAACAAGCUUGAGUCCAUUGAGUACUGGAAUUGGAGCAACAUUGCCUGGAGGAGGAAGUUCCACCAAUAACAAUGUUGGGUUGGGUCAAACUUCACCGAGCCUGAAGCCGUUGCAACAAGCUCAGCAUCCAUUGCAGUUUCUGCAACGUCCGCAAAUGGCUGAACAGCAAAUUAUGUCGCAACCGAUUAUACCAACAGCAUCAUCAGUCACGUUACAGCAGCAGCAGAAGCAGCAGCAACAACAACAAGGACUCGGAAGAAGACAAAGUUUUCAACAGGGUAGCACUUUCCAAAAUCGAGCUCCUCAGAUGCAGGGUCGGACGCAGUACAAUAGUAACCAACCUUGGGUUUCAUCAGCACAACUUCAACGCAGAGCACUGCAUCAACCACAAAUGGGAUACAAUGACUACCAAUUUGAAGCAAUACCUCGUCAAAUAUCUGAUUCUGAACAACUGCAACAGAUGUACAAUCAGCGUUGGUCACAGCAACAGUACCCACAACUGGGACAGCAACAGCAACAGCAACAGCAGCAACAGCAGCAGCAGCAGCAUUGGUCACUUCAGCAACCUUUUCCACCACCGCCACAACAACAACAGCAGCAGCCACAUACGCUAGGUCAGCUAUUGACUACUCAGCAACAACACAUUCUCCAAGUUCAGCAAGAAGCUCAAAAGCAAGUGCAAGAUCAGUUCAAAAGGCGGAACCAAGGUGCUAAUGGUGAAGAUGGUGCAGACGACGAUGUAUCGAUGAUGCAACAAUCAUCGGAUGAAAAAUUGGUGUUAAAGAGUUUAGUUGAUUCUAUAAACCAUUGA